CGCAACCCCAAAAGGGACAAGCGGUAGAAAAUGGAUGCAUGGAUGGAUGUCUGUAACCAAUUAACAGCUAUAUACAAGUGUAUUCACAAAAAUGGAUCCUUCAGAAUGGCGUCAAAAUAACAAAGUGAAGGUUAAAACGAGUAAAACAACGCAUGAAACGACCUAUAAACACUCGAUAAGAGAAAAUUCAAGCCCAAAUAAUCAAGCUUGUGCGGGGGCAAAGUGAUAGGGAGGUUUUGUGUUUACUAUGCACCAUGAACACGCACUAAGGCCCAACCCUGCAGGAACCUGGACAAGGUCCUCUGGAUAGCUGACUUAUUGCCCCUGUAUUCUUAUUUUUCUUUCUAAUUCAACGCCGCCGGACUGAGCGCGUGCGAUGAACGCGAGGCUGCAGCUGGCCGAGGAGGAAGAUCUCAUGCGGAGCCAGCAGGAACAGAAAGUUCACUAAUGAGCAGACGUGAGCCGACUCGCCAACGCUUGCUGGGACGGGAAGGAACGAGCGCCACUUGGCCAUCCAGGUCUUCAAAUGGGUCUGAUCCAGAAGCAGAACUUGACCCAGGACUUCCCGUCACCUGACGUCUCCCGCUGGGAGUCCACGCCGCAGGAAUCCUCAGUCUACUCAAACACCAUCCUGCUGAUGGGCGUGCUGACCUUUGCCCUCCAGCUGUGUUUGGCUCUCUUUGUCGUGCUGAGAUGUAAGAAGCUGGACAACAAAGUCAGAGAGGCUCUCAAAGACCCGCAUGCCCAAAAGAAAGUCCAGAAAGCUCCUCCCUCCUGUCAGAUUGACGUUGACGAUGACGAGUCAUCAAGUGCACCUGGAGAAGGAUAUUUUGCAUCUGCAUCGACCACAAACCGCCUUUUUGGACCUUCCAUACCCUGGGACCUUGUUCAGCGCUGAAAAGUCUCCCUGUGGAGGUCUUGCGCCUCCGGGUUCUUCGGACCACCAAUAAUCGACAGGACAGCGGCUUCCAUGUCUCGGAACAAUGAUUUAUAUUGCAAAAAAUGUCCAUUAUUAUGCUUUUCAGCUAUAGUUCUUGCCAGUUCUCGCUCGUGCUCCAACUCCCUUCUCCUUUCCGGCUGUUGCCUUUAACAGAGCGACAGGUGAUUGGAUAAGCGUGUCCAGCUGGGCCAUCUGCGCACCUGUCGCUUUGCGACAGGUCCGCAGGCCACGCCCCCCCACACAGACCCAUUAUCGGCUUAGCCGAUUAUCAACGGCGAUAUUUGGCAUUUUAAAAGAUAUUUGUAUGUUAUAUAUAUUACAAUAUGUUUUGAUAUCUGACAGGGCAUGUAUUUUGCUAUAUUUAUUCAAACAUUAUGUAAAUAAUUUGACAAUUAGGAGAUGAUUAUAUAAGUAAAGAAGGUGAGGCAGCGGCUCAUACAUUCUCAUACUUUCUGUAACAUUGAGGAAGAAAUUAUAUCAGCCAUGUUGAAAAAAAAUGUCUCAACUAUAAUCUCCAGCAAGGAGCCAGAAUUGUUUUCAUUUUUAAUCUAGACAAUAUUUCAGAAUCUUUACAACGACUUACCAUAGAAUGGGGUAGAUGAGUUGUAGAGAAAUGUCACAUUUUGACCAAUUUUCCCAGAUUUGCUUUCUUUUGAAAUGUAAAUGUUGGCGCUCCUCUUGGACAACUCCCAUUGGGUUGAGUUUUUCCUUGCCCUGAUGUGGGAUCUGAGCCCAGGAUGUCGUCGUGGCUUGUGCAGCCCUUUGAGACACUCGUGAUUUAGGGCUGUAUAAGUAAACGUUGAUUGAUUGAUUGAUGAUUAGACAUACGUAAUCAUCACGUCACUAUUUGUCCCACCUUUCCGAAAAAAAAACCCGAAACGUGAAGCCUUGUCCAGAUGUUGCUCCAAAACCUGUAUGUACCUUUCAACGUCGAAGGUCACGGGCAUUCAAUGUUGGUUUUUGGCCUUGCCGCUUACGUGCAGUGACUUCUCCAGAUUCUCUGAACCUUUUGAUGAUAUUACAGACCGUAGAUGGUGAAACACCUAAAUUCCUUGCAAUAGCUUGUUGAGAAAUGUUGUUUUUUAAACAAUUUGCUCACACUCUUGCCUAGUCCUUGUUUGUGAACAACUCAGCAUUUCAUGGAAGCUGCUUUUAUACCCAAUCAUGGCACCCACCUGUUCCCAAUUAGCCUGUUCAUCUGUGGGACGUUACCAAUAAGUGUUUAAUGAGCAUUACUCAACUUUCUCAGUCUUUUUUGCCACCUGUGCCAGCUUUUUUGAAACAUGUUGCAGACAUCAAAUCCAAAAUGAGCUAAUAUUUGCAAAAAAUAACAAAGUUGACUAGUUCCAACGUUAAAAAUCUUGUCUUUGCAGUCCAUUCAAUUGAAUAUAAGUUGAAAAGGAUUAGCAAAUCAUUGUAUUCUCUUUUUAUUUAACAUUUACACAACGUAACAACUUCACUGCUUUUGGGUUUUGUAAUAUUCGCGUCUAAACAACUUUUACUACAAAUGACUAUCGCCUUCAAGUAUCGGUGUGGAGGUUGCCCUCCCGUGGGUUCCUCAGACCACCAAAUAGUUCCACGAGAGCCAGGAUCAGGGGUAUACCACUGUUUUAUUAUCAUCAAAUCUUGCAGCGGUUUUGCUUUCCAGCAACUGUCUUUUCCCUGAUAGGGGAGCGACAGGUGAUUAGACAACAAGGCCCACCUGGGCCAUCUACGCACCUGUCGCUGACUUCGAGGCUCGUCCUGACACACCCGUCCCGCUGCAACCCCGCAGGCCACGCCCCCUCUACAAUCGGUUAUCGGCCUCCUUGACUACCAAUAAUCUGUAUCGGCCCUGACAAAAACAAAUCGGUCGAUUUUCCCUGUACAUUUAACUCUUAUCAAAAAAAUAAACCAUCACAAUCAAGAGCUGCAUUUAAAGUGUGGACUGUAAUAAAAUAUGAUAUUUUUAACUCUGAUAAUAUUGUUUUUCAUUUCAACACGUCAAAAAAAUGAUCGGCCUGUUAAAUUGUAUUUAUUUGUGAUCGUAUAUUUUGUAUCACUGUGUGCAGUCAUGGUCAAAAGUUUACAUACACUUGUAAAAAACAUAAUGUCAUGGCUGUCUUGAGUUUCCAAUCAUUUCUACAACUCUUAUUUUUUGUGAUAGAGUGAUUGGAGCACAUAAACCCCAAACAGCUCCAUUUUUGUUUCAUCUGACAUCACAUGGAGAAAAAUAAGACCUGGAGGAAAGUUCUGUAGUCAGAUGAAACAAAAAUGGAGCUGUUUGGCAACAAUACCCAGCAAUAUGUUUGGAGGAGAAAAUGUGAGGCCUUUAGUCCCAGGAACAUCAAUCCUACUGUCAAGCAUGGUGGUGGUAUUAUUAUGCUCUGGGCCUGUUUUGCUGCCAAAGGAACUGGUGCUUUACAGAGAGUAAACAGGACAAUGAAAAAGAAGGACUACCUCCAAAUUCUUCAGGACAAGCUAAAACCAUCAGCCCGGAGGUUGGGUAUUGGGCGCAGUCGGGUGUUCCAACAGAAAAUGGUUAAAUCAGGCUUGAAUUAAGGCUUUAGAAUGGCUUUCCCAAAGUCCUGACUUAACCGUGUGGACAAUGCUGAAGAAACAAGUCCAUGUAUCGGUUGGGGAUGUCUCUGCGCUGCUGAUCCGCCUCCGCUUGGGAUGGUUUCCUGCUGGCUCCACUAUGGACGGGACUCUCGCUACUGUGUUGGAUUCACUUUGGACUGAACUCUCACGGUUGUGUUGGAUCCACUAUGGAUUAAACUUUCACAGUAUCAUGUUAGACCCGCUCGCCAUCCAUUGCUUGCGGUCCUCUCCAAGGUUUCUCAUAGUCAUCAUUGUCACUGUCACCGACGUCACACUGGGUGUGAGUUUUCCUUGCCCUUAUGUGGGCUCUACCAAGGAUGUCGUUGUGGUUUGUGCAGCCCUUUGAGACACUGGUGAUUUAGGGCUAUAUAAUAAACAUUGAUUGAUUGAAAACCAACACAUUUAGCUGAAUUGCACCAAUUUUGUAAAGAGUGGUCAAAAAUUCAAGCGGAAGCUUGUGGAUGGCUACCAAAAGCACCUUAUUGCAGUAAAACUUGCAAAGGGACAUUUAAGCAAAUAUUAACCUUGCUGUAUGUAUACUUUUCACCCUCACAUUUUCAGUAGACCCAUCGUACAUUUAUAAAAUUCAUUAAUUAUUUUUUUGGACCCACAAGUAUGUGCUCCAAUCACUCUAUCACAAAAAAAAACAAGAGUUGUAGUAAUGAUUGGAAGCUCAACUUUCAAGACAGCCAUGACAUUAUUUUCAUUACAAGUGUAUAUAAACCUUUGACCACGACUAUAUUUAACGAGCAGUUCCAAUAUCUAGCAGCAGGUGGCGGUACUGCAACAAGUAGCAUAGAUUAUGGUCAAUAUCUCCGGCGAAGAAGAUCCACACUGCACAACAUCGAUGACUUUCAACUUAAAACUUCUUGUUUGGAUACAUUUAUGUUUAUUUAGAGUCCACGUAUUCGGAACUUGAUUUUUUUUUUAAUCUGGUACUCAGGCCCACUUCUUUGUCAAGCAACUACUUUGUAAUGAUUUAGUGUCGGAGCCGCUAGCAGGCAGGCUAACUAUUGCAACUUAUCAACAAGAAGAUGGACACCAAUGUCUUCGCCACACUUUCCAAAGCGAGCCCGUUACCUCUGGCCUCGCUCCGCCUGCUGGUGCCACCUCUGCAGCUCCUGUCGGCCUCCAUGUGGCAAAUAUUGAAGAAACGCGACGUCAUGAGCUACUGGGAAGUGGCCGAAUUUGUCUCCUUGGUGGUGGACAUGGUCCCGGAGCUGCUGCUGGACAAGCACCGGAUACAACUCAACCUGGGUUUAAGAGCCAGGUAUCUACUCCAGUUAUGCAGAAGCGACCAAUCCUUGCAACCUGACUUUAUUUGGUCUCUCCUGAACACGAUGAAACUGCCACACCCUCCUGUGGGAGAUGUGAAUGCAUUUCCCGAAGAGGAAGCCCAGACCCACUUUCUGGAGUUAAUCCAGCUUCUGCUAAAAGACCCUGAAGAGAGACAACACUUCUUCUUGGAGGUAUUCCCUGCUCAAUAUGGAGCUGAGUAUGACAAGGACUUGCAGACGCUGUUUUGGGAGUUCCUCUGUCGGCUAACGGAGCUGUUGCCGGUUCCUGACCUCCAGCAGACAGUUUGCUGGCUUGGAGCGUCAGUAUUGGAAAACUGUGUCAAGUCACUUUCUGAAGCCAAGGACCUGAAGGUUUUGCUCCUGCACCAUAAACAGUUGAGACAUUUAGAGCAACAUGUUCCACACACAAGCAUGGGGGACAAUGUCUUGUCCUCGCUCUCUGCCUUUACCGCCUGCAGUCGGACCACAGCUGAGGACCAGCCUGAUCAUUUGGACCUAGGUGAUGCCUCUAACAUACCCGCGCCACUCAUGGACGAGGUCACUAUUGAAGUCAUUGCCGAGGUUGAAGUAGAAGAGCAUGACGUAAUCACGGGUGAAAAUGGCCUCGAAGGAGCCGGAAGUGGCGUGACCGCAGAAGACACAGGCGCAGGUCUGGAUGAGAGUGAUGAGGAGAGAACUGAUGGUCCAGGGAAUAUAUUUCAUGCACAGAGCUCUUCAGGGCCUCACGACUGCCCUGAUUGUGAGAAGAAAUUCAAGUUUGCGUCGUCCCUAACAGCCCACAGGGUCAUCCACACCGGAGAGCGCCCCCACCGGUGCUGCGACUGCGGCCGCUGCUUCUCUUUCCGGCAGUCCCUCGACCGCCACAGAAGCACGCACAAAAGCGGACGCAGGUUUGACUGCGUUGUCUGCGGAGAGACUUUCCUGUCCUCGUCAGCUCGCGCCGAACACAAGCGGACCCACAUGGCGGACGGCGCGCACGCGUGCAAAGUGUGCGGCAGGACAUUCAACUGGGAGCUGGCGCUGGCGAGGCACCUGAAAACUCACGCCACGGACGUCAGUGCCAACAGCGCCACAGAGAACAGCGAACGCAGCGGCGGGGACGCGGACGUGCCGCCCGCCGACGUCGGCGAUGCAGCAGACGUUCCGGGAGACGUCUCCCUGGUCAAAAUCCGCACGAGUGGUCGCAAACGACGGCCCACCAUGAAGAUCCAAGUGAUCAACUUGCAGAAACGCAUGAGCAGGGGGAGGAAACAGGAAGUCACCAGGGAGUAUCCUCCAGCCAUGAAGCUUCUGCCCUUCAAUUGUUCCGAGCACUCGUACGGAUCACCGUCGGUCUCUUCGAAGGAUGCUGAAGAAAGUUUGGACGCAGGUGGCACUUCUGCCACUUUCUCCUGUCCCGAAGAUGAGCUGCAACGCCACAUGGAGAGCGUUCACUCUGCGGACGAAGAGGGCCGCUUUAACUGCAGAGACUGUGCAAAGGCCUUCAAGUUCCUCUCCUUGCUAAAAGCCCACCAGCGCAUCCACACAGGUGAGCAGCCCUUCCUGUGUGUUCAGUGCGGGCGGCGCUUCUCCUUCAAGCAGUCGUUGGAGAGACACAAGCAGACGCACGCGCCCGGGCGCACCUACGAUUGUCCGGUCUGCGGGGAGUUCUUCAAGUCCCCGGUGGCGCAGCGCUCGCACAUGAGUAUUCACAUGGAGAACGGGGAGUUUGUGUGCACCGAGUGCGGCCGCAAGUUCACCUGGAAGUCGGCGCUGGUGAGGCACCUGAAGACUCACGGCGAGGACGACAACAAGGAGGAGGCCUCGCUGAAGUGCCCUCGCUGCGAGCUGAGCUUUAGCUGCGCCAGCUACCUCAACCGACACCUUCAGACCCACCGGGAGGAGAGGGGGCACGUCUGCAACUGCGGCAAGAGCUUCGCCUACCGGGCGGCACUCACGGCCCACCAGCGCAUCCACCAGAAAGAGAGACCUCACGUGUGCUCGCAGUGCGGCAAGAGCUUCCUCUUUAAGGGCGGCCUGCUGAACCACAUGAAGAUCCACUCGGAGGAGAUGCCAUUCAUGUGCUCGUACUGCGGCAAAUGCUUCAAGAGGGAGCGCAACAUGAAGAAGCACGAGCGCUGCCACACCCGAGAGAACGUCUUCAGCUGCUCUCAAUGCGACAAGAGCUUUGUGUACAAGGCCACGCUCACCAGACACGAGCUGACGCACUCGGGCGAGAGGCCGUACCUCUGCUCCGAUUGCGGCAAGGGCUUCUUCUCCCACGCCGAGCUGCUCAAGCACGAGCGUUUCCACACGGGCCACAAGCCCUUCCGCUGCCCGCACUGCGACAAAAGCUUCACGCAGUCCUGCUACCUGACCAUCCACCUGCGCUACCACACAGGCGCCAGGCCCUACUCCUGCGGCGAGUGCGACAAGAGCUUUCUCAGCGCCAACCGCCUGAAGAGACACAAGCAGACGCACACAGGGGAGAAGCCUUUCGCCUGUGUGCAGUGUGGGAAAGGCUUCAGGCAGUCCUACCACCUCAAGAUGCAUCAGCGCACGCACAUCAAGAUCACGUGAAGACCAUCCAACUCCAAAUUGGUUCAAAUGUGGCCCGGGAGCCAUUUGCAACACGCAACUUAUUUUUAACGGCCUGCGGCGUGUUCUAUAAAUACCGUUACAAAAGACUACACAUAAAAAAGUGGAACUUAAGAGCAAACAGGUGAAUUGUAACGAGAAAAAGUUGCAAUUUCGACUCUAAUAACCCAUAGACCAUUUUUUUCCUUUAAAAUUGUCAUUGCUCAAAAAAAAUAUAUAUAUAUAUAUAAUAAUGGAUUAGAUUUUUUUAUCGCGCUUUUCUAUUACAAACCCCAUUUCCACAUAUGAGUUGGGAAAUUGUGUUAGAUGUAAAUAUAAACGGAAUACAUCCAUCCAUCCAUUUCUACCGCUUAUUCCCUUUUGGGGUUGCGGGGGACGCUGGCGCCUAUCUCAGCUACAAUCGGGCAGAAGGCGGGGUACACCCUGAACAAGUCGCCACCUCAUCGCAGGGCCAACACAGAUAGACAGACAACAUUCACGCUCACAUUCACACACUAGGGCCAAUUUAGUGUUGCCAAUCAACCUAUCCCCAGGUGGAUGUCUUUGGAAGUGGGAGGAAGCCGGAGUACCCAGAGGGAACCCACGCAUUCACGGGGAGGACAGGCAAACUCCACACAGAAAGAUCCCGAGCCUGGAUUUGAACCCAGGACUGCAGGACCUUCGUAUUGUGAGGCAGACGCACUAACCCCUCUUCCAUCGUGAAGCCAAACAGAAUACAAUGAUUUGCAAAUCCUUUUCAACCCAUGUUCAAUUGAAUGCACUACAAAGACAACAUAUUUGAUGUUCAAACUCAUAAACUUUAUUUUAUUUUUUUGCAAAUAAUAGUUAACUUAGAAUUUCAUGGCUGCAACACGUGCCAAAGUAGUUGAGAAAGGGCAUGUUCACCACUGUGUUGUAUCACCUUUUCUUUUAACAACACUCAAUAAACGUUUGGCAACUGAGGAAACUAAUUGUUGAACCUUUGAAAGUGGAAUUCUUUCCCAUUUUUGUUAUAUGUAGAGCUUCAGUCGUUCAACAGUCCGGGGUCUCCGCUGUUGUAUUUUAUGCUUCAUAAUGCGCCACACAUUUUCGAUGGGAGACAGGUCUGGACUGCAGGCGGGCCAGGAAAGUACCCGCACUCUUAUUUUACGAAGCCACGCUGUUGUAACACGUGCUGAAUGUGGCUUGGCAUUGUCUUGCUGAAAUAAGCAGAGGCGUUCAUGAAAAAGACGACGCUUAGAUGGCAGCAUAUGUUGUUCCAAAACCUGUAUGUACCUUUCAGCAUUAAUGGUAGUACCUUCACAGAUGUGUAAGUUACCCAUGCCUUGGGCACUAAUGCACCCCCAUACCAUCACAGAUGCUGGCUUUUGAACUUUGCGUCGAUAACAGUCUGGAUGCUUCCCUUCCCCUUUGGUCCGGAUGACACGAUGUCGAAUAUUUCCAAAAACAGUUUGAAAUGUGGACUCGCCAGACCACAGAACACUUUUGCACUUUGCAUCAGUCCAUCUUAGAUGAUCUCGGCCCCAGAGAAGCCGGCGGCGUUUCUGGAUGUUGUUGAUAAAUGGCUUUCGCUUUGCACAGUAGAGCUUUAACUUGCACUUACAGAUGUUGCGACAAACUGUAUUUAGUGACAGUGGUUUUCUGAAGUGUUCCUAAGCCCAUGUGGUGAUAUCCUUUAGAGAUUGAUGUCAGUUUUUGAUACAGUGCCGUCUGAGGAAUCGAAGGUCACGAUCAUUCAAUGUUGGUUUCCGGCCAUGCCGCUUACGUGGAGUGAUUUCUCCAGAUUCUCUGAACCUUUUGAUGUUAUUAUGGAUCUUAGAUGUUGAAAUCCCUAAAUGUCUUGCAAUUGCACUUUGAGAAACGUUGUUCUUAAACUGUUUGACUAUUUGCUCACGCAGUUGUGGACAACGGGGUGUACCUCGCCCCAUACUUUCUUGUGAAAGACUGAGAAUUUUUUGGGAAGCUGUUUUUAUACCCAAUCAUGGCACCCACCUGUUCCCAAUUAGCCUGCACACCUGUGGGAUGUUCCAAAUAAGUGGUUGAUGAGCAUUCCUCAACUUUAUCAGUAUUUAUUGCCACCUUUCCCAACUUCUUUGUAACAUGUUGCUGGCAUCAAAUUCUAAAGUUAAUGAUUAUUCGCAAAAAAAAUGUUUACCAGUUUGAACAUCAAAUUUGUUGUUUUUGUAGCAUACUCAACUUUGUAGCAUACGGGUUGAAAAUGAUUUGCUAUUCAUUGUAUUCCGUUUAUAUUUACAUCUAACAGAAUUUCCCAACUCAAAUGGAAACAGGGUUUGUAUUAGAUACUCAAAACGCUCACAGAGAAGUGGGAACCCAUCACUCAUUCACACCUGGUGGUGGUAAGCUACAUUUGUAGCCACAGCUGCCCUGGGGUAGACUGAUGGAAGCGAGGCUGCCAGUUUGCGCCCAUGGCCCCUCAUUCAUUCACCGCUGUGAGCGGCAACAGGGGAAAGGGUGAAGUGUCCUGCCCAAGGACACGACUGCAGCGAUUUGGAUGUAAAGAGGCGGCCAGCGCACUUGGAACCCUCAGGUUUCUGACACGGCCGCUGUACCCACUACGCCAUACGGCCCCUGAAUAAUAAUAAUGAAUAAAAAUCAAUGUUGUUAUAAUUUGAUAACCUAUUAAAGGCUCCAAUUACUUCAUAUCCACUUUGAAAUAUUUUUUAGGAAAAAAUGCAUGUUUUGUGUGUUUUCCAAAUAAAAACUAAGUGGUUUUUUUAACAAAAAGGGCAUAAAACAUAAAACCCCAUAGAAAAAUAAUUCUAAACGUAUAAUCUACAGAUAGAUCUUAGGUUGAUCUAUAGACGUAAGCGUUAAUUGUUAAAAAAAAUAAAAAUUAUAUGACUAAUUUUUAACACCUAAGUGGGACCAGUUUGGACUCCUGAGAAUAUUUUGUUAUACUGUCCUCACUUAAAAAAUGACUCAAAUGAAUUAUUGAUCUACCCAAGCCACCAAAUACUUCACAUAAAAUAUUCCACUUUGAAACGUUCUUCGGGGAUAAUAUUACAUAUUUUGUUUUUUGCCACACAAAAAAAAACAAGUUUCUUUGAAAAAGGGCAUGAAACAAACCGUAAAAACGUACAAUCGACAGAUAGAUCUGAAGUUGAUGUAGAGAUUUAAGCGUUGAUAAUAAAAAAAAUUAAGAAAAGUAAUGUAUGACUUGUUUUUAAGACCUUUUAUUAGUUGGACUCUUUUGGAUCCCUUAGAACAGUGGUCCCCAACCACCGGGCCGCAGAAUAAUUUUUUAUUCACUUUUAUUAAAAAAAAAAAAAAAAACUUUUUUUUUUUUUUAAUUAAAUGAACAUAAAAAACACAAUAUACACUUACAAUUAGUGCACCAACCACAAAAACCUCCCUUUUUCAUGAAAAAAACCUCCCUUUUUCAUGACAAAGAAAAAAAAAUGGAUUGAAAUACCAGGCGGUCUCUGAAUACUACAUUUUUGGGGGAGAGUGUGUCCAUGGUGCUGACGACAGAGCACCAACAGACGGGGGCGUGGCAGUGCUGAUGGCGAAACACAGCUGGCAGGUGAUUAGAUUUCCCAGGUGGUACGAGUUGUCUUCAACAGUAGCAGUCGGUAACAGGAGGAGGAUUGGUGAGACUGAAAAGUCUGUAGAAAGCUUUGCAUAAAAACACAUACGAUCAUUAAAAAGCUUGUUAACCCUGCACGUUGGACUCCUGUACCGUGUCUCACAGUGGGACUGUUAGGAAGCGACUUCCGCAUACAUGUUCACUGCCAUCUUGUGAUUAAAGUGAGUGAAUCAGAUCAAUGACCCUUGAAAGUACUCUUUGAAACUAUAGCACAGCAUAUGACAUAAUCCAAACAACAAUCCCGAAUCAUGGUGCAAAAAAACCCCUAAAGGUCACACAUAACACAACCUGCUCUCUGAUUUUUGUGGAUAAUUAAAAAAAACGUCCAACACUACAAAUAAUUCCCAAUUACACCCAUUUAAAUCCAUUAGUGCAUGAAUUGGAAAAUGUAAAACACUCUCUACUUAUGAUCCGUAUUUGGCGAAUUUUAAUUGCUUGAUAUUUCUGGUUGAUUACAAAACUUUUUAAGGAGGCUGUCACAGAAAUAAACAUAUAUACGUGUG